GUAACGGCCAAUAGGAAACACGCGUCGAUUACACAGCAGCGCCACGGAUAUACGGCCGGUGCCCACUGGUUUGGCGUUCCCGCGAAACUCAUUCGUAAACGCGAGUUCGCGAAUUAAAAACAUUAUUCUGUGCCCACACACCUCUAUCGACGGAACAGAGUAACGGGACCGAGUGAGCAGUGCACAGUGUGUUCCAGUGCGACGAUAUUUUCGUAGAUUUCUCAUAAAAGUUGUGGUAUAAUCGAGCGGGAAAUACAGAUGCGCAGUACGCGUGGGUGCAGCGACUCCUCGGAUCUAUGUAUCGUUUAUGCACGACAUUUCACGUUUUAAUACGAAUGUAUCAUAUCGCCGUGGCAAAACACGCUUCUCCUGGAUAAUGCAUAUCAGUUUACUCGGGCAUCCGUGAUAUUUUACUGGAGAAAAGCCCCGCGAUACGCAGGCGUCUGUCCAACGACGCCAGCGUUGCACCGUGUUUCCGCAACCCUUAAAUUCACUGGAUAUACGUAAAUGCACCGGUGUUUCCGUACCGGAAUGAAAUAGUUGGACCUUCAGGGGACUACUUCAUCGAAAUUUGUAACAUUUUUGGCUAUUUGAGGUUAUGGUAUAUAUAUAGAGGGCGUGACAGUGGCAGAUUGCAAGCAGGGGUUGGUCAUCGUUUCGCGCGCUGGUCUCCCGCGCUUCGACUUCCACGUCCCUUAUUUUUCCCAAGAUUCACCGUUCUGUGAUAUUUCGAGGCUGGAAAUAAUAUCGAAAAAGACUCCAAGAAAUUUUCGUGCUACGCAACCGACCAGUAAUAAGAAGUUAUAAUAUAAAAUAUCGAAUCAAACGUAGCCGAGUAUACGUGCAUUAUGGCGAUCGGGUGCGUGUAAGCUUCGCGCGCUCUUUCACUUUUCGUCGAUUUUCUUGGGGAAAUUCACGGGCGUACGCUGCGAAAACCAAGCGGAGGUUCUAUCGAGGUAUCGACCAGCCCCUGUGCGAAUUAAAAAAGCCCAUUCCCGUUGGAAAUAUUUCUUGAACACGUCGACAAUUCUGCAACAAGAUGCCACAGACGAGUUUGCAGGAAAAGAAAUCACAGACUUAUUUGCAAGGUGGCAAAGUGGUAAUACAAUCUUUAAAACGUAAAAGGCGUACAACUGAAAUCUCUGAGGACUCGGAGAAUGUAUACCCACCUAGUAAAAUACCAGCAUUAUCAAAUGUAUCAUGUACAGAAUCAUGUCAUUCAGUUCAUUCAUUGGAAAAUACAUGUACACCUCAUCAAGUGUCUCCACUGAAAGAGCAACAAGAGCCAGCCACAUGGUCUGACCUGCGAAAUGCAACUUGUUUCUUGACACCAUCGUCAUCUAACAAUGUCACAAACAGACCUAGUCCUUUACCUUCGUUUCCUUGGGCUGAUGGCUCUCAAGUGUGGUCUCACAUGUGUUCAGGUGAUCAGAAGACUGUUAUCCAAAGGAACCCACAAAUGUUCCAAAGGCAUCCAACAUUACAGCCACGUAUGAGAGCAAUUUUAUUGGAUUGGUUAAUCGAAGUCUGUGAAGUGUACAAGCUACAUAGGGAAACUUAUUACCUCGCAAUGGAUUAUAUAGACAGAUAUUUGUCCAUUCAUCAAAAUGUCCCUAAAAAUCAAUUGCAAUUAAUAGGCAUCACAUGUCUUUUCAUAGCUGCCAAGGUCGAAGAAAUAUAUCCACCCAAAAUAGCAGAGUUUGCAUAUGUCACAGACGGGGCUUGUACAGAAGAAGAAAUCUUAGGAAAAGAAUUGAUAAUACUGAAAGGUCUUGGAUGGAACUUAUCCCCUGUGACAGCACCUGGUUGGCUUAAUAUUUAUAUGCAAAUUGAAUCGGGUGAUUGGUCAAGACCAAGUGCUUUUAUCUAUCCUCAAUAUGGAGGUCUACAGUACUCUCAAGCUGCUCAACUGUUAGAUCUAGCUACUUUGGAUGAAGGAAGUUUGAAGUUUCCAUAUAGUCAUAUAGCAGCAGCAGCCAUCUAUCAUACGCAAGGAAGGGAAUGUGCCCUAAGGGUGUCAAGUAUUCCAUGGGAGCAACUUGCACCCUGUGUCAAAUGGCUUAAUCCAUUUGCAAUAACAACAGCAGAAGAGGGUUCACAGUUCCUUUUAAGGUCAGCAGUACCACCUGUGGAAUCUAACUCUGGAUCUGGACUCAGGGCAACAGUGCCCAAUAUAGUGAUGGAUGAAUCACACCGUAUCCAAACACACGUAGUGGACUUAAAUAUGCUAGAAAGGGCACAACAACGAUUAGCUGAUGAGAUACCAUGCACUGAUACAAAUGAAUCUGAUUCGAAUACCGAAUCUGGAAGACAAAGCCCAAAUGAAAGUGGCCUCUUAACUCCACCAUCUAGUAGUCAGAAGAAUUCUACAACGCCGUCGCGUCCCCCACCGCAAUUGCAUCCGUAUACAUAAUUAAACACAUGCACACUUCAUGCGUGAACGAUGAAGUGUUUCAUUUACUAACUGUUGGUGAAUGAUUUUUACUAGGCACUGUAGUGUAUAUGUCUUUUAGGAAGUAUCAUUUCAUUGCUUCGAAUAAUACUGCCAAUGUGUAAACAUGCACAUGUGCUACUAAACCAUGGGAUUGCAUUAGUGCACGGUGAUAACAGUAUACGCUGUUCAUUGUCGUAAAUAAUACGGUGCUUCCCGUUUAAGUCCGUUGUUUCGUGCAAUGGGACUUUUAUUUGUUAUAGUAAGAUUUACAGUACAAGGUGUUAACCAUUUUCUAUAGUGUUCAGAAAUGGUACAGAGUUAAUUUAAUGCUACUUAUUUUAUUAUAGACGUUUAAAUACGAAAAGUGCCUUAUGUGAAGGAACAUAAACUUACAUAGAAGCCAAUGGCUAAUUUCUGUGAUUAUAUCCCUGCAGUGAAACGAAAUGCAUUACGUUAAUACAUCAAGGUGAUUCAACUAUCACUACUGCCAGAAAUUUGAAUUAGCGUUUGCAAAAGUGUCCUUAAAGUAACCGUUUUACCUAGUUUCAAGAUAAAUGAGAGCAUUGUGAAUAGUAUUCUUUUAUAUAAUUCGCUUUAUUUUAACGCAACUUGUUAUAAUGAUGCGUUACUGAGCCGGGUGAAUGUAUUUUUAUGUAUAUGUACAUUGUGAGGUACUAAUAAUAAGUAAACAAAAAAAAAGAAAGCAGCGACGAAGGUGCGAGGGGAUGAAUGACUGGUAUGAGCGAAGGAUAAGACUACUAAUUAUUAAAUAAGAAACUUCGUGAUCGAUUUACACUGCCUUGUAUGUAGUGACGCGGCGGUUUAUUCACAUUUGUAUGAAAAAAAUUUGACAAUAAACAUUUGUAAAUCUCACA